GUGAAUUUUCAAGAACUUCCGCGAAAUAAAUUGGCUUUGAUGGUAACGGUAGAUGAUCAUUCUUAUCCAGUACACGAACGAAGACAUGCACGAUCGAGUAGAGCGGUACUGAUGCCGAAUCUUCAGCUUGUAUUGUUAACCAAUAACGAUUUUCGACUUCGCGAUCGAGUGGAACCGCAGUUCGAAUGA